AUGAGCUCCAUCGGUACUGGGUAUGAUCUUUCAGCUUCUCAAUUUUCGCCAGAAGGGAAGGUUUUUCAGAUCGAAUAUGCUUACAAAGCUGUUGAAAAUAGCGGGACUGCUGUUGCGCUUAAGGGUAAAGAUGGUGUAGUUUUUGCUGUUGAAAAUAUUGUCUUGUCCAAAUUAUAUGAACCUGGUUGUGUCAAAAGGACCUUUUCCAUUGAUGAACAUAUUGGAAUGGCUUUCGCCGGUCUUCAAUCUGAUGUUAAAGCUCUCGUACAAGUUGCCAGAGACGAGUGCAUGAGUUACAGGGAAAAUUAUGGGGGACCUAUUCCCGCUAAACACCUUUGUGAACGAGUGGCCAUGCACAUCCAUUUGUAUACUAUGUACAGUGCUAUUAGACCAUUUGGUGUUUCCAUUUUGCUUGGAUCUUACGAAAAUGAUGGCGCGCAUUUGUACGUCAUUGAACCUUCUGGAAUGUAUUAUGCGUAUGGUGGCUGUGCUAUUGGAAAAGCCAGGCAGAAUGCCAAGACGGAAAUGGAACAGAUUAAACUCUCUGAAAUGACCUGCCAAGAUCUUAUCAAGGAAGCGGCUAAAAUCAUAUACACUGUUCAUGACGAGAUUAAAGAUAAAUCAUUCGAAUUGGACCUUAGCUGGGUUGGAUCUCAUACUGGAGGAAAACACGUGGUGGUUCCAAAGGAUGUUCAUCAGGAAGCUGAGGAAUAUGCCAAACGUUCUCUUGAAGAAUCCGCUGACCUUGACGAAGAAAUUGGCAUGCUGUAA